AGAGAGAGAUGAGACGAUGGAUGUCAUCUUUUCGUUUGUCGGAGGAGGAGAGGAGAGCCCGGCUGGAGGUGGCGCUCCCCAAGACCAAGGACAUCGUCGCUUCCUCCCCCGUCGUCAUCUUUGGCAGUUCAUACUGCCCCUUGUGUCGACGGGUUAAACAGGUGCUAACGGAGCAGGGGGCGACUUUUACGGCGAUUGAGCUGGAUGAGGAGAGCGAUGGGUCGGCUAUACACUCGGCGCUGGUGAAGUGGACCGGACAGAGCACAUGUCCCAACGUUUUUAUCGGCGGAAAGCACGUCGGCGGUCACAACUUUGUGAUGUCGAGGCACGGAGAAGGGAAACUGGUACCUCUGCUCGUCGAAGCAGGCGCCAUCGCCGCCCCUGCUGAUUGAUUAGUUAGAACCUGCAUAAACAUUUUGCUUGGCAUGGUGAAUGCAGUUAGUUAUGUGCU